AUGGCCCACGGCACCGCUUCCCAAGGUCCGCAAAGCCUCAUGGGACCUGCUCCGACCGUUCGGAAGCAGAACUCAUCUUGUGAUCCAUGCCGGCGGUCGAAAAGACGAUGUGCGUUCGCGGACGGUGUCCAGCCUGGCUCCCCAAACAGCUGCCUGAACUGUACUCACCUCGGCCAUAACUGCACGUUUGAUUUUGUCAAUUCCCGACUCACUCAGAAGAAGAAGGCCAAGCAACCAGUCUCAAAUGUACAGGAACAACCUAUCGCUCCCGCCACCUCCAGACCCGAGAACCAGUUCAUUGUCCCUUUACCCGCGGAUCCGGGGCCCCUGGACACCACUCAAGGGACCGCCCCAAAUGCCUACUGGAGCGGGAUACCCUAUACCGGUUUCCUCGAUGUCGAUAUGUUUAUGGGAAAUUUGGUGUCAGAAUGGAACAACUUGGACCGCCAGGUGUUGACCACCGAGGCUCCAGCCACGGAGCAGGAUCAAAGCAACAGCACAUCAUCGUCAACCACUUACGGCUCAAUUGGCCACUCCCAGACGCCGCCCAGAUCGCCUAAUGACUUAUUUGCCCGAAGGAAUUCGAAGCUUGGACUGUGGCGGGGCAGCCCAAUCCACCUGCUCAACUCCAGUGUUGAGAUACAGAGAAUAAAUCAAAGUCUCGGUGAGGUCUACAAUUCCAUGAUGUCCGGGAUUGCAAUACGAUAUCUGGACUAUAACUGUAACUUAUUCGCUGGAUCAUACAAAUAUUCAUUUGAUCCCGAUCAGUCAAACCCUUCGACCUUGGAUAUCAAGGGUGGCCAAUCUGUGGUCAACAUGUUAACUCCCUCAUGGAAGAAAGCUGUAGGAGACACCAACAGCCUCCAGAAUGAUGAUUGCAUCGCACCGGAGAAAGUUGCGAAGCAGAUCAAUAAGGUUACCAUGCUUGGAGUGGCCCGAUUUUUGGACAACUUUGGCGCCCUAUACAACAACGUCAUUGAUCAGAAGACACGCAGCCAGACUGAGCGUACCUUGAUAGCCGUGCUGCAGGCGUUUGCUCUCCAGUUUGCACCAUCUCGACAGGCGGAUGGUCCAUUAGCAUGGCUCUUUGAAAACCCCCAGGGUGGUAGUCAGUGCUCGACAUCAGGCCCUAUGCCCGGAGACCGGAGCACCAACAGCCAACACGUAUUCACCGCCGCCUGGUUCAAUGCCCACUCUCAUCUGGUUUCGUCGAGGAAAACCCGAUCCUUUGUCAAGCUUUACUCGGUCUUCCUCUUUCUGAUGACCAGCGUACCACCAGAAGCAGCGUCCAUUCCGUGUUACGAAGAAACUCCCCUCGGGCUCCUGGACGACGCUUUGCAGCAGAUGGAGGAGCUGCAGGGUCUCGUGCAAGGCUGUUGUAGCCACCUGGGCCGACAGUCAAUUUACCGAUUUCUCCUUCAAUCCUCUGUUGGUAUUAUCCGCUGGUACGGCUAUCUGCGGGACACCAUAGAUUCUGUGCUUCAUGAGCGACCUUGUAUGCUGGAGGACGCGCCCCCGAGAUCAAAAGGAACGCUGCUGAGCGGUCAUUUGGCUCCAGACUGGCAGCAACCAGACGUAUUCGACCGGGAAGUCCCUAGACAUUGCCAAAAUGCGGCAGGAGACCUUUUUCGAGUCUUUAGGGGGGCGAUUAAUCUCAGGCAGAUCCUUUUGACUGGCGACACAACUGAUAAUGUAUUUACAUUGAGACCUGCGAUCACGUUGGCCAUGGGCAUCAACGACGAGUUUGCAUUGACUUAUGGUACAUGGCUGCAGCACUGCAGCAUAUCUUUUUACUUACUUUCUGAGAAGUCAAAGCUAGCUUCGGCGUUUAUGCUGUUGUUUUGGAGCCUAGGCACAUUGUUGCUCGUAGAGCAGCUUCAUCGCGCAUCCAGCAUACUACCUGUCGCCGAGAGACAGCCUCUUCUGGACAAAGCACUGUCUUACCAGCGAGGGGCAGUCACGUCUCUUCUCACAAUCGCACAACGUAUUGUGGACGUAUCGGCAAUGGGUGAGUUUAGGCUCAUCAACAGUGUUCAGGCAAAGAUGCACUUCAUCUCACACCACGCAAAUACGGUCCUCGUGGUCCUGGCUUUGUCUAAAGCAAUCGAACAUACUAUCGACCUAUAUGUAUCGACUGCUCAGCAAGGCGACCUGACUUCGACGACGUUUCCCGACAUGGAACCUGAUUCGGAGUGGAUCGCCAACAUGAAGCCUCUGCUUACCUGCUUGUUGACGCUCGACUCUACUGUGUCUGGUGCAAUUACAGCGAGGCCGGCGCUACAGAGACUGAUGCAGCAAUAUGGUGACAUCCUGAUGGACUGCUGGUCACACGAUGAAGGAGGCAAUCUAUCAUGA